AUGGCGUUCAAGAUUCCAUGGGCGGCGGUUUACCUUGCCAUUGCAGCCUCCGUCUACAUGAGACCUCAAUAUACGAUUUUGAACUCCUCAAUGGCGACAUUCGUUGUGCUGUCUGUGGCCGUUACUUCGUUCAGGAUCGUCUAUGCCCUCGGCCUGUACCCUAGAUUUUUCACCCCUAUAAAGCACAUUCCCACUCCUCCGGCCUGGUCAUGGCUCACUGGGAAUACGAGCUCGUAUCUCAUCGAAUCGCCUUUCGAAGAGAUGAUAGAAUGGGCUCACAAAGUGCCCAACGACGGAUUAAUUCGUUACUAUAUCGUGGGCAACCUCGAGCGUGUAUUGCUGACGAACCCUAAAGCCCUUAGUGAGCUUCUCGUCACGAAGGUAUACGAGUUUCCCAAGCCUCAGAUGGUUAGGCAAAGCCUUGCACGCGUUACAGGAAAGCAUGGUGUACUUCUCGUCGAGGGAGACGAGCAUAAGGACCUCUACCCGACUUUCUGGUCCAAGAGCAUUGAGAUGGUCAAGCUGAUCGAAAAAGACCUCCAUAGCCGAGCAGACGCCAAAGACAAUAUUGUUCGCGUGAGCGAAUGGGCCAGCAGAGCAACUCUAGACAUCAUCGGCGUCGCAGGAAUGGACCAUGACUUUGGUUCUCUGCACGAUUCUAACAACGAACUCACCAAGCACUACCGGCGGCUCCUCGAAGAGCCGUCGCUCGCAAUGCGUAUCAUCUUCGUCAUCGGUGUCCUAGUCGCAGGCCUUGGAGUCUUGCAAAGCCUUCCACUGAGGCGAAACCGCGAGAUUGGCGAAAGCUCCCUCUACAUCCGCGACGUGGCCCGCCAAAUGAUCCGCAAAAAGGAAGCAAAGAUGAAGAACCAAGCAUCCGCCGAAACCGGAACCGACAUUGUCUCCGUGGCCCUGGAAAGCGGCGCCUUCACCGAAGAGGAACUCGUAGAUCAAAUGAUGACCUUCCUCGCCGCCGGCCACGAAACCACCUCCACAGCCCUCCAGUGGUCAGUCUACGCUCUGUGCAAGCACCCGGACGUGCAGACGCGCCUCCGCGAGGAAAUCCGCGCUCACCUUCCCCCCGUCUCCCAGCACCCCGAACCCUUAUCCGCAGCCACUCUCGACUCUCUCCCUUACCUCAACGCCUUCUGCAACGAGGUCUUCCGCUUCCACCCUUCUGUCCCGGGCACAGUUCGCGAUGCCGCCAAAGACACCACGCUCCUCGGAUACCCUAUUCCCAAGGGCACGAGGAUACUCGUGUCUCCGGAAGUCAUCAACCACAGCAAGGAAUUGUGGGGUCCUGACGCGGACCAGUUUAAUGUUGAGCGGUGGUUGGGUCCCGGGCGAGCGAAUACCGGCGGCGCCAGUAGUAAUUACUCGUUUUUGACUUUCUUGCAUGGCCCGCGGAGUUGUAUCGGACAGGGAUUUGCAAAGGCUGAGCUGGCCUGUCUUGUUGCUGCCACAGUGGGACGGUUUCAGAUGGAACUGAAGGACCGAGAUGCGAAGCUUGAAGUGAGACUGUCGGCCACGGUCGCUCCAAAGGAUGGCGUGCUGGCUAGAUUUACCCCGUUAGACGGGUGGUAA